AUCGUACGAAGAAAGGCGGUGGUGGUGUCAACGACAACGGACGAAAGGAAUAAUAUUACAUCUUCCACGAAACGCAGUCGCGAACCAAUUCUUAACAAUGGGUGACAGUGAUAAAUUAAACAUUGACAACAUUAUAUCCAGAUUGUUGGAAGUGCGUGGUGCUAGACCCGGCAAGAAUGUGCAGCUAUCCGAAGGUGAAAUCCGAGGUCUGUGUUUGAAAUCUAGAGAAAUAUUUUUGUCACAGCCCAUACUUUUGGAACUAGAAGCGCCAUUGAAAAUAUGUGGGGAUAUUCAUGGUCAAUACUAUGAUUUACUACGAUUAUUUGAAUAUGGAAGUUUUCCACCUGAAUCUAAUUACUUAUUUUUGGGUGAUUAUGUGGACCGUGGCAAACAAUCUCUGGAGACAAUAUGCUUGUUGUUGGCAUACAAAAUUAAAUAUCCUGAAAAUUUCUUCCUUCUACGUGGUAAUCAUGAAUGUGCUAGUAUUAACAGAAUAUAUGGAUUUUAUGAUGAAUGCAAGCGUCGAUAUAAUAUUAAACUUUGGAAAAUAUUUACGGAUUGUUUUAACUGUUUGCCUGUGGCAGCAAUUGUAGAUGAAAAGAUUUUCUGUUGUCAUGGAGGUCUUAGCCCUGAUUUACAAUCAAUGGAACAAAUAAGGCGAAUUAUGAGGCCUACAGAUGUACCCGAUCAAGGUUUAUUGUGUGAUUUACUCUGGUCUGAUCCUGAUAAAGAUACAAUGGGCUGGGGCGAAAAUGACAGAGGUGUAUCAUUUACAUUUGGUGCUGAGGUUGUGACUAAAUUCUUGCAUAAACAUGAUUUUGACCUUAUAUGCAGAGCUCACCAGGUUGUUGAGGAUGGUUACGAGUUCUUUGCUAAGCGACAGUUAGUCACUUUAUUUUCAGCUCCAAAUUACUGUGGAGAGUUUGACAAUGCUGGAGCAAUGAUGUCUGUUGAUGAAACUCUUAUGUGCUCAUUCCAAAUCUUAAAGCCGGCCGACAAACGAAAGUACAUGUAUGGAGGAUUGUCAUCUGGCAGACCAGUUACACCACCUAGAGGAUCAGGCAAACAAGGAAAAAAUAAAAAAUAAUCAAUCUUGAUGCAAUAAAAA